UUGUAAAGUUAAAACUAAACAAGGAUAUGUGUACAUUGACAGUGCAUUGUAGAAGGAUGUAGGUGGUGAAAGCACUUUAAUAGAAUAUGUGCACAUAUAGUGACGUGUUUCCAUCUUGACAAUUCCUGCAAUAUAGAUAAAGUUCACAAUGUGGGACACAUCAGGAGAACCACCAGGAGAACAAGAAGGGGACUCAUCUGAUCCUGCAAUGCAAGUAGAAGAAAAAUGUGAACGAAGUCAAAGCCAAAUGGAAUCUCUUGAAGAAAUUGUGCUAAAAAAUAAGCCAACUUCGAAGAAGCAGGAGGAAGUUCAGGAAUAUGCAAGGAGGCUUUCUAAAAUUAAAUCUAGAGCUAAAUUUUCACGACGAAAUAAGGAAGCAAAUUUGCCAUGUAAAAGUACAUCACAUGUGUCUGAUGCAACAUCACCUGGCACCUCUGAUCAAACUGUUGACGAUAUAAGUCAAGCGAAAACUGCAAAAGCAAAGUCUACUUUACUCCAAAAAAAGUUAGCCGAAGACAGGAAAGUAUUCGAACAACGUAAUAAGGAGAGGACUGAAACUAAACGUGCUGUGGAAGAGAAGGUAGAGGCUAUUAGACAACAACUAGAAGAAAAUGAUGUAUCUCACCCAGAUCUGGCUCUAGUAAGUCUACAAAAGGAUCAAUUAUCUGUUACACCUAUUAAACCAGUCAUGAUCACUUCUGAGGUAAUGUCGCCAGUACAAAUUGAAAGUAUUCGAGAUAAAGAAAAUAAAAUUGCAGAACUUAGUAAUAAAAUUGUAGAAUUAGAAGCCAGUAUUGUGGACCUUCAAGAAAAUUUGAAGGAAAAAGAUUCUGUCAUUGAAUCUAAAACAAAGGCAGUUACACUUAUGUCCGCAGAUCUUUCCAGGAAGGGUAAAACAACAUUAGACACUCUUGAAGAUACGAAAGAUGAAAUGCGAACAAUGCAGGAGCAUUUUAUACUUUUAGAGACAUCAUUAAAAAAUAAAAAUGAAAACCUCUUAAAGCAAUUAGCAGAAAAAGAUAAUAAAAUAAUAGAAUUAGAAGAAUCAGUUAAUCGGUUUGAACAAGAAGUUGACAAGCAAAAGUUAUCUGAGUCAGCAAGCGCUAACUUUUCUCGCUGUACAAUGGAUACAUUAGUAGAAACCAAAGAAGCAAUGAAAUCUAUGCAGGAAAAUUUUGUACUUAUAGAAUCAUCUCUUAAAGCGAAAAACGAUAAUCUUCUUCAACAGCUGCAAGAUUAUGAAUUGAAAUUGGCAGAAUCUAACGAACGAAUAUUUAAAUUGGAAUCUGGUAUUGGUAUAGAAAAAGAUCCAACAGUUGACGAUUUGCGGUUUAAAUUAGAAAAAUUGGAAUAUAGUAACAAACAGUUACAGGAUGAGAAAUAUGAAUUACAAAAAAGUAUGGCUGAUCUGCAAGAUAAAAUUGUGAACACUUCUAUCCAUGGUAAUGGUGCUGUAAUAGAAAAGGACAAUAGAAUAGUUGAACUCGAAAACUUAAUAGAAGAAUUGAAACAAUCUAAUAAACUUCUUGAAGAAGAAUCUAAAGUGGAAUUACAAAAACAGUUAGCGGAUUUGACAUUGAAAAAUGAAGAAUAUGCAAAUAAAAUUACUGAUCUUGAAAAUUUGGUGCAUAACCUAGAAGAACAAAAGAGUGAAAUUGCAGCCAGAUUACCAGAUGAGAGUGCUGUUAACGAAGACGAGAAGGUGGCAAAGCUUACCAAAGAAUUGGAAGAAUUAAAUAAAAAUAUGAUAAAAAUAAAAGCACAACAUAAAACUAAAAUAAAAAGUUUACAAAAGCAACUGGAGAAUUUCAAAAUGGUGUCCGACACAAAUGCGGAACUUGUUAGACUGGCGAAUCAAGUGGCAUUAUUAGAGGAGGAGAAAGGUAACCUUCAGCUGAAUCUGGUAGACUUUGACGAGCUUAAAGCCUCAGCAGGCGACUGGCAAGAACGCACUGUUUACCUCGAAAGUAAAGUUUCUGAUCAGUUAAAAGAAAUUCAAAUGCAAAUAGAAGCCAUUGCUGCAUUAGAGAAUCAAAAACUGGAUCUCAUGCAAGAACUCCAUAUGGUAAAACAGGAAAUUUCAUCUUUAGAAGCGGAAAAUGCAGAAUCUGAAAAUCUGAGGGUAUCUGCAGAAAUGAAAGUUGUUGAUUUUGAGGAACAGUUAGAAGCUAUACACAAACUGCAGAAUGAAAAUAAAUUAGAAUCUUCGUUAGAAGCCAAUUAUGCAGAGCUAAUUAAACGGAUGGAAGUUUUAACGCAAGAAAAUAGUGAACUGUAUAAUAGAAUAUCGAAAAUGGAAGAGAAAGGAGCUUCUGACACCGGUUCUACUGAGUCGUUUGAAGCCAUACAGGAAUUGGAUAAGAGUGAUUUGUUGAAAAAAAUUGAGGAUUUGACACAGAAAAAUAAUGAAUUAGCUCUUAAAGUAAGUAAAAUUCAGGAAAAAGAAAAAUUACAGGCUGGAUCCAUAGAGUCGUUUGAAAGUAUACACGAUACAGAUAAGAAUGAACUAUUAAAGAAAAUUGAUCAGUUGACUCAAGAGAACACUGACUUAACAAUGAAAUUGAGUCGAAUUGAAGAAAAAGGAUCUUCUGAUACAGGUUCAACGGAAUCUUUUGAACGUAUUCCAGAGCAAAAUGAAAGUAUAACGAAAAUUGACCUUCUUACUCAAGAAAAUAGUGAAUUAGUAAUUAAACUUACAAAACUGGAAGAACAGUUGGAACACAUAAGAAGCAGUGGUAUGGAAUGUAAGUCGGAUGUUGACUUACAAUUAAAAGUCGAUAGUUUACUGGAAGAGAAUAGUAAUCAAUCUGCAGAAUUAUCCAUACUCAAGGCACAGUUAACCGAAAUCACAAUACAGAAUACUAAUUUUCAGAAAGAAAUUGAAACUUUGAGUGCAGAAACCUUGACUCUUAAACUAGAGGAUUCAUCUGGAAAAUUAAAAAGGGAAAUUGAGUUAACAACACAAAUGGACGAGUUAGUGGAAGAGAAAACUCUUCUUGAGAAAGAAAUAAAGGAAUUGAGUAAUGCUUUGGAAAAAUCACACAAGGUCACAGUUGAGGAUGUUGAAACAAAUAAUUUGACAUUGAAUGUUGAAGAAUUGCUGAAAAAAAAUAAACAAAUAUUUGUGAGAAUGUCAGAACUUGAAGCGUUUAAUGAGAAAUUGAAAGAAAAUUUGAAGGACGUAACACGAGAAAAGGAAGAAUUAUGCAGAAAAAUUAAUGAUAUGUUACCUGAAGAUCCUGUCAAUGAAAGGUUAGAAAUUCUUGAAAAGUUAGAAAAGUUAAAUAAAGAGAAACGGCAACUACAUGAACAAGUCGAAACUCUUCUAGAAAAAUCCACUAAAGAUUCAUCUGAAAUGCGACUGUUAGAUGAAUCUGUUAUUGCUUCUUUACAAUACGAAAUAGAAGAACUGAAGAAAGUUGUUGUUGAACAAACUAGUACAAUUGAAGAGAUGCAAGUUAAACUUAUAAAUAAAGAAGCAGAAUUAGAUGAAUUACGUAAGGAGAUCAUAGAGUAUCAAGCUUCUGAGCAGAAAAUUAACAGUCUCGAACAUGAAUUGAAGGAAAUGCAAGACAAAGUGGAAAAAUCAUGGUCUGAAAAAGCAGCCAUUGAAGAGGAAUUUAAUACAUUGCAAAAAGAAAGUAGUGUGUUGCGCGAAGUGAAAAAAGAGAAGGAUGCAGAAAAUAUUUUGCUAAAGCAACAAUUGCAAGAUACUACAGCGUCAUACGAGUCGAAAAUUCAAGAGCAACUAACAAUAAUAUCUGAAAAAGAAAAUGGAAUUACUAAUUUGAAGGAAAUCAUUGGAGAAAAGGAUCAAGAGUUGCAUGCCAAAUACACGGAAUUGCAAAAUAAAAUGAUCACAAUAGACAGUCUGCAAGAUGAAUUGAAUACUUUAAAAAUGUUAAUCCAAGAGAAGGAUGUUUCAUUAAGGUCAAUGUCUGAUGAAAUUGCGAAUCUUAAUAAUGCACUAAAGACUAAAGGAGACGUAAUAUAUUCAUUGAAAAAAGAUAUUGCUGACUUAAAUGAGAAGUUAGAGGAAUCGAAACCUUUGCAGAAUUAUAAUGAAUUAUUGGAACAAUUAAAAGAUAAAGACACGAUUCUUAAUGAAAUUCAAUAUAGGAUGAAUGCUAUUACAAAAGAAAAUAAUAAUUUAUUGGAAAAAGUGAAGAAUUUGUCCGAGCAGAACGAUAAUAUUCAACAAGGUUUAACUGAAAAACAAGGACUAGUUUCUCAUUUAAUGAAAGUGAACGAGGUUUUAGAUGCACAGAUUGUAGAAUUUAAAUCCGAUAGAGAUCAAGCAAAAAGACGAAUUUGGGAGAUGCAAAACAUUAUAGACGAUAAUGCUAAGUUUGUGGAAAAUUUACAGACAGAAUUAAGAACUGCAUACAAGCAAAUAGAACAGUUAAAGAUAAAACAUACAGAGGAUACGGAAUUACAAAAUCAAAGAGUUGAAGGUCUAAUUGAAGAAUUACAUGCUAAAACACAAGAAUAUGAAACACUGAAAAGCGAAUUGUUAGAGAAGGAAAGACUGGUUGGACAAAAUGUAACGGAGGAGGUUAAAAUCGCACUGGAAGCUAGAAUUGCUGAUUUGGAGCAGAAAUUGAAAGAUUCUGAAGAUAAAAUACAAAUGCAGUUAGAAAAAAUGAAGAAAAUAGCAGCGAACCUGAAGAAGAAGACAGCCGUGUGUCAAGAACUUGAAACAAGAGCCGCUGAGUUAGAAGAAAAAUGGACAACUGAAAAAGACGAAAAAGAGGCUAAAAACAAACAGAUACAGGAUGCAGCAAUUUCGAUGUGUGAAAAGGAUAAUAACAUAGCAGAGUUAGAAGAGAAACUGAUGCAGGCAAGAAACGAGAACGAAGAGGCUUUGAAAAACAGUGAUGAACUUAUGAGUAAAUUAACCAAUUCGAACGAGAAAAUGUCGUUGCUUACGCAGCAUAUUACAGAAAUGGAGGAAGAAAUUGUAAGAGUACGAGCAGAGUUGGAAUCCAUAGUAGUGGAACUUGCAACUGAGAAAGUAGCCAAAGAAAAUAUAAUGUCGGAAUAUGAAGCUUAUAAACAACAAAUUGCUACAGAGAACGAAUGUAAACUGUUGGAGUUAGACGAUGUCAAGGAAAAAGCCAGGGAGCUUAGCGUUCGAAUGCAAGUUAUGGAAUCGGAAUACGUUGAACAACUUGCGUUAAUAAAGGAUCUUCACGCUGCAAAUGGUUUACUAUUGUCCAAACAAACUCAAAUCAACGAAAAAUUGGAAAACGUAGAAAAAGAAUCGGAGGAGCGACGAGUAUUAUUAGAACAGGUGCAGAAGGAAGCCGUUAGCACUGCGACCGUGACCACUCAAACCACAGAAGAUGAAAUUAUUGAGGAUGAUACGAAAAUGACUGGUACACAACAUUGCAGUCAUUGCGAACAAUGCCAAACGGUGGUGCAAGCGUUAGAGGCGAAAUUACAGGAGCGGGAAGCAGAAAUUGAGAAUUUGGAUAACGAAUUAGCUAAUUCUGUUGGUAAUUUUGUUCAAAUGAGAGAGUCUCUUCGGUUUAACGAUUUAAUGAACCAAACCACUAUGCGAAACAGAUCACUGGAAGAUCCCUACAAUCAUCUUCUAUUCCAGUAUAAUACAUUGAUAUCGAGCAACGAAGAAAUAAAAGCAAAAUUAGAUGAAGCUUUAAAGGAAAAUAAGGACUUGGUAAAGAAAAUUGAAGGCUUACAGUCCGUGAACACUACUUUAGAGGAAAGAAUAGUUGUUGCAGAGCAAAUGUUAGAAAAAAACAAGCAAAACACAGAAAAGUUAGAAAAUGUUGAUUGCUUGAACUCUGACUUAAGAAAGAAAUGCGAAGAACACGAAUUGGAGUUGUUGAACGUGCAAAGAGACAUGCAAGACGUCCAGGAGCGUGCGGAUCUCCUCGAACAACAAUUAAAUUCCCAGACUGCAUUAUUGAAGUCGGAAGUAGAGCAACGAAUGCAUACAGAAAAGUUGUUGCAGGAUGUUAAAAAUAAUUUGGAACAGGAAGUCGAGUCCCGGAAGGCUGAUAAAAACAUAGAUCAGAAAAUAAUAGAAGAUCUAAAGAUUGAGUUAGAAACGUACAAAAAUCAGAGUGUAGAGCUUACUGAAAACUCAGAAAUUGUUAAAAGAGGAGCACCUGAUUUAAAUUUCCCAAUUGAUGAACGAGACAAUGUGCCUCAGUUAUUCGAUGCUUCAAAAAUCUUUGGUGCAUCAUCUGCCUCCGGUUCCGAUAUUCUAGGUGGUGCAGAAGCGAGAAGAUUUCAGGCUUUGUUAAGCGAAAAAAACGCACAGUGCUCGAAUCUUACCCAAGAGAUCAGUCACUUGCAGAACCAGUUGAUCGAGGAGAGAUCUCAGAUGUCCCAGAAUUACAGCCAAUGCAUCGAAGAAUUAGAAGUCUCUCGGAAGGAUUUGCAUGUAGCCCAAGCGAACUUGGAAAGAAUGGAACAACUUUUAACCACGAAAGAUGGACAGAUCGAGUCCCUGAAUACUGAACUGCGAAAUCUCAGCUCGCAAAUGUCGGCGGAGUUAGAGGCAAAUUCUACAAAAGAGGCGGUCGAGAAACUCUCUCUCUCUCGAGAUCAGCAGAACAUCUUGCUCGAGUCGUACAAGCUGCAAAUCGUGAAUUUAGAAGCGGAAUUAAAGAACUCAACAGACACGGAAUUGAUACAAGACUUGGAAACUCGGAUUUCGGAUAUCACCAAGGAGAGAGAUUUGUUACAGUUGCAGAUGAACGAUUUGUCAAGAUCGUUGGAAGAGUUGAAGGGCUCAACUGAAAUCGAGCGGAGUUUGCGGAUGGAAAUUGAGAAAAUGGCGCGCGAAAGGGACGAGAUGAAAGAGCUCGCGGCGAAUCUCACGCGGGCUUUGGAGGAUGCUUACAAAAGUGUGGAUAAAACGCCUACCCUUACGGACUCGUCUACUAAAGAAUCGACGCCUUUACAGGAAAUCACGGUUACACAAGCGGAAGCGGAUACUUUGAAAACUGUCGGCGAAGAUGUUAAGGAAAUGAUUACUUCCGAUAGUUGGGAUGUAGGCUCGAUCGAGAAGUUCAAUGUCGACGAGGAAACCUGGGGUUGGAAUGCGGACGAUGCUCAGCUGGCUGGUGAACCGGUUACCACCGCUUUAGUUCCCAGCAUGGAAAUGCAGUUACGGGCGAAGGUCGACGAUCUUCAGGAUCAAAUUCGAGAUCUGGAGAAGGAACAAGACAAGAUGACGGAAGAAAAUAAGGCGCUUCAGUUGAGAAGCGGCAAAAUGAUAAAGAAACUUAAAGAGUACAAGGUGCAAGUGGAGAACCUUCAAAAACAAUUAAAAAUACAGAAAUCUGCGAUCGACUUUUACGACCUUGAUUCCGCGAUCGGAGAAGAGUUGAAGUCUCAGAUCAGCAAGCUAGAGAAAACCCUGAACGAGGUUAAGGAGGAACAGAAGAGUACGAUCGCCGAGAAAGAGGCUUUGAUGAAACGUUUGGAUGUCCUUAUGUCUGCGAACGAACGAUAUAUGGAGAUGAAAGAGAGGCAGGACAUGGAUAUGGAAGUAUUACGUAUCCGAAACAAGGAGUUGUCGGACAAAGUUGAAACGCUGGAUAAACGGUUGCACGAAAGCGCGUCUGGUUCCGAGGAGAAUAACGCUUCUCGAAACGAAACCGUUGUUCCGGACGAGGAGACCAAAUCGGUGGUUCGUCGUCAAGAGAGAUCCGUCGACGGCGAGGACUUGGAGACUCUGUGUAAAAAGUACAAGGAUGAUAUCGAUGAUAUUAAAGACGAGAUGGAAGCGCUGGCCAACGAGAACGAACAAUUGCAGCAUUUCCUAGAAGAACAGAAGAACAAGCUGUCAGCCAUCGAAUCGAAACGAACGGCGGAUGAAAACGAGUCCAUUCAGAUUGUGGACGAUCUGAACAAAAAGAUUUCGGAGUUGCAGGGCAUGUUGAGUAAAUCGAGAGAAGAGUAUGACUUGUUGAGGAAGCAAUACGAGCAAAGCUUGAUGGACGCUAAUGAUCAGGUGUCGGCGAUGAGGCAGAACUCCGAUUUCUUGAAGGAGGAAACUUUUGAGAAAAUUACCAGACUGGAAAUGGCGAUCGCUGAUCUGCGUCAGCAAGCCGAAGCAUCUGAAUUAAAUGUGAAUGGACUGCAGAAGAGUUUGCAGGAAGCGGUUCAAGAGAAAGCAGACACAGAAGAGAAAUUGGUUGCGCUAACGUCUUCCUCGGAGAAGCAACUGUCUGCCGUGAAUGCAUCGAUGGCGGAAGUAACGGAACUUUUGAACGUCAGGAUACAAGAGGUCGCGGACUUGAAGCAGGAACUUCAGAGGCAAUAUAUACAUCACGAGGAGGUGAAGAUGAAAUUACAGGAGACUAUAGAACAACUGAGCCUAGAACUCGGCGAGAAGAAGCAACAGGUAGAGGUAUUGAAGAAAUCAAUGAACGAUAAGGAAAACGAGUUUAUUCAACAACAGAGCGUGGAGACCGUUAGCGCUCUCGUGAGCCAAGCUACUCAAGAGCUGGUGCAGAAACACGCUAUAGAGAUCGAAGAGAAAGAGAAAGAGAUACGACGGCUUAAUGAAAAGAAACUACACGAUGAUAGGCAACUUGUAGAUGUAAACAACGAACACCUACAAUCUGAGGUGAGUUCUUUGUCGACCAAAUUAAAUUACAUGAAAUCGCGCAAUAAAGAGCUUCAGCAGACCCUGGUUUCGCUGGAAGAGCGAUUAACUGGAACAGUGUCAGAGAAUGAACGAACUUUUGAACAGCUCUCGAUCGAAAAUAAAGAACACGUGGAAACUAUAAGACAGUUACAGGCGCGGCUAAAGGAGGUAGAAAUACCUUUCGGCCAGGCAAAAGACUUCAUUUCGCAUGCCCAAGAUCUAGAAGAAAAGCUUGAAAACGUAAGGGCUUCUUUAGUGGAAAAAGAAUAUGCUUUAGGACAAUGCAUCAAACAAUCCGCGGAAUGCAAUAUUACUUUGGAGAAUACCAAAGCCGAAGCUAACGCACUCCGUGUGGAGUUACAGAGGACCGACACCUUGAGGAACGAACUGCUAGAAAAGACUGAUCAGAUAAAUCAUCUUACCGCGGAAUUGGAAAUCGCUCGCAAAGCUUUGAACGAAGCCAGGCGGAAUUUGAGCGAGAAGAUGUCUUUGCUCGAGACGAGUAAUCAAAUGUUGAACGAGAAGCAGAUGGAAUUGGACAGAUUGUCGCUGGUACAAGAUCACUAUCAACGUCGAUCGAGUUCUUCCAGGACAGUAGACGAUUUACCUGUCUUCAGGAUGAGCGACGAUACCCAGAGUCUGCAGCGUACGAUUGACACUAUGCAAGCUGAGUUGGAUAAGAAACAGGAGGAAAUCGAGCAUUUUAAAUAUCUACUUAACGAGAACACGUAUCCCAGUAUAAUCGAAGAGAUGCAGGAUAGGAUCAACAGUCUUUACAACGAAAAGGCCGAGCUGGAGUCUUCUUUGGAAACGGCGACAUUGAGAGCCGGCGAAAAGGACAAGCAAAUCGAAAGUUUAACGCAGCGAAUCGAGAUGCAGACUCAGGAAUUCACGUCCAAGGUAGAAGCAACUUUACCAUCCAAGGAAAGACGGUCCGUCCAUGAUCAGGAGGAGAUCGUCAGGUUGCAGAACGAGCUACACGUUAAAGAACAGCUGAUCAACGAGUUGAAGUACGUGAUAGCCGAGAAGGACUCUCAACUAUCUCUCCAAGCCAGCAUGGAACCGCAGUCGGAUGAUUUCGAGUUGCGUGAAACGUUGCAGCGACUGACCAUCGAAUUGUACGCUAAAGAACAGGAGAUACAGCAACUGAAAUCGACGGUCGCGGAGUUGGAGCAAGAACGGUCGCGAUUACAAGCAUUCGAACGGGUCUCGGAGGAAACCAGGGACGCCAUACAGAGGCUUAAUGAAGAGAAGGAACAGGUACGACUGGAGGCGCAUGAAAUCCUAGAGAGGAAGUUGAAGGAGAAGGAAAUGGAGAUCAGCGAUAUAAAAGAGAGGCUGUCUAUCGAGAACAGAAAUAUUCUAAGUGAGUUACAGUUGAGGGACAGAGAUAUCGAGAAUCUGAGGAGACAGCUGAACGAGUUUUCUACGAUGGAACAGGGUGUGAAAGAUAGUCUCCAUCGAAAGGAGGAGGAACUUGUCCGUGUGAGCGCGGAUUUGGCGGAGAAAGAACGACGAUUGGCGGAAUUGAGCAUUACCAAGGACACGGAGCUCCACAAUUUGAAGGUCCAGAUACACGAGAAAGAGAUCCGCAUAGAGGAACUAUUGGCGAUGUCCGACGAGGAGGAAAAACAGCUGUACGAGUUGAAGAUCGCAUUGGAGGCCAGGGAGACGGAGAUAAAUUCAUUGAAGGCUCUGCUGGAAGAUAAAGUCAAGGAAUACGAAUUGAUUCAAAACGUAUUGAAAAAGGACAUUCCUAUUAUCGAUCCGUCUGAGGUUCGAGACUUGGAGGUGUCUGGGGAAGAGGGGAGAGCGUCAACCUCGCAGGAACUGGACUUUGCUCUGUACAUGCUUCAUCAACGGGACGUCAGGUGCGAGGAACUGACCCACGAGCUGAUGCAGUUACUCGAGGAACGGGACACUUUACAGUUACGUCUGUCGAACGCGAUCAGAGUGAACGAGGAUCUGAGGAAAGGUGGCACCUCUCAGUUUAGUUUGAAGGAAGAGCCUUCGGUUUCCGAAAGCACGGAACCACUUGUGGACUGUCCUUCGCCUUCGAAGUCCGAGGGACCAGUCGAGAUAGCCAAGGAAGCUAUCGAUUCUCCGAUUGGGGAGGACAAGGAGACUCUUGCCCAGAAGCUGUCACAGUUGCACACGGUGAGCCAUUCGAAAGACGUACGAUUGAGGGACGAACGAGAGUUGAGGCACACGCAGCAAAUGUCUUUGCUAGCGCACAAAGACGUUCUAAGUACCUUGCCCCCCGAAGCGGCUGCCAGGCUCGUCAAUGCAAAUUAUACACUAUCUAGGAAUGUUCAGAGUCAGUCGAGCGUCUUACUGAAUUGGCUGUGGGGAAAAAGCACGCCAAAGGUCGUACACAUGUGAUGGGACGCUGAUGACGGCAAAGUCGUCACCCUGCUUCUUGCCUUCUGGAUACAUUCCUGCCAAGUGCCAACUGCCAAGACAAUUCCUGUAACUAGACUAAACCGAGGCGAUAAAACUCUAUUACUGUGUAGUAACGUUUCGGCUAGUUUGAUCGCUCAGAGGUCGCCUGUACUUGCGAGAGGUGACACGUGUCCUAUUUUUUUGGAAGAAAGGGACUUGAGAAAAACGUGUCUUCACCGUUGAGAGAUUCGAAGCGGUGGUGACGAAGAGAGUCCUGCUUUUCCAGGCUUCUAAAACGGAAAGUCGCUCCUCUUCGUGGCCAGAAGAGAGUGCGAGGAGAUGACUUCUAUUGUAUCAUAAAUCGUUGUAUAGCCCAUUGUUCUUAGAUGCAUUGUAAACGAAACAUUGCCUUGAAAGAGAGAGAAAAAAAAAAGAAAAACAGAACUGUAUAUUUCAGUUAUUUUAUUAUUAGCUACGAAACUGUUAACAUUGUAAGUUGCCUCUCUCGGGUAUCGUUCGAUAUUCGAGGGACGUGCGUUUGUUCCGAUAAUUACUCCUUGACGUUCCGAUGAUUGUUAACGUUGAAAAUUGUAUUUGUGUAAAUUGCGCCGACGACAAAUCAACACCGUGUCGACCAUGUUUCCUCACGAACAACCUCUCUGUUGAAGGAGGUUAGGGGAUACUCGAACAGCGACGCGCUGACGCGUCACAUGAUGUUUUGGAAUUGUUAAUUUAAUGUUAAUUAUAGAAUUUUGCUUACCAGUGGAACUACUGUAAUUGUCCGUUGCUCAUUGAUGAUUCGAACAUACUAUUUCCACGAAAUUUUGUACAGAGAACAGUAAACGUCGGCGAAUAAAAAAC